CUAUAACACUUGUGGACAUAUCGCCAAAGAUGGAGGAAUCGAUGACGACGAAGAUCAUGAUAGAAGCCGACGAAGAAGCAGACAUGAGGGAACCCGUAAGCCCAACAGGACAAUUCUUCAACAGCUCGGUUCUAUCAAUAUCUAUUAUAGCUGUCAUGGAAUCACAAGUCCCCAUUGAUGAUGCUCUGACCAUGACUUUGCUCAAAGAUGUCUUCUUACCCAUCAAUCCUCGGUUCUCCUCGGUCAUGGAGACAGACAAGAAUGGUGUAAAACAAUGGAAGAAAGUAAAAGUGAACCUCAUUGACCACGUAAACGUCCCAGUGUUCCGAGCCGGGGAGUCGCCGGAAUUCUACGAAGAUCAAUUCAACAACUAUUUAUCGGAGCUAGCCUUACAAGAACUACCUCGAGGAAGGCCAUUAUGGGAAAUCCACAUCAUCAAGUACCCGACAAGGAGUGUAGCUGGAAACUUGAUCUUCAAGCUUCACCAUGCACUUGGUGACGGUUUCUCCUUAAUGGGUGCUCUUCUUUCUUGCCUCCAAAGAGCCGAUAACCCUAAUUUGCCAUUGACAUUUCCAAAUAUACGAGGCAGCGAGCCCAAGCUCGGGUCCACUGACGGGAAACAGGGGAUUUUCCCUCGAAUGGGUAAUGUUUUCUCUAUAUUCUUUAAUACAAUUAGUGACUUUGGAUUCGGGCUUGUGAAGAGUGCUUUGGUGGGCGAUGGAUCGACUCCUGUUAGGUCAGGCGACUCCGGGGUUGAAUUCAAUCCCAUCGACAUUUGCACGGUUACUUUCGGUCUCGAUCAGCUCAAGCGAAUAAAGUCCAAUCUUCAAGUGACGAUAAACGAUGUGAUAACGGGCAUAGUUUUCCUGGGCACGCGUUUAUACAUGAAAGAAACAAAGAGUGAAAAAUUCAUCUCGACUGCUUUGGUAUUGCUAAACACUCGGAAUAUCGCGGGUUAUAGCUCGGUUGAGGAAAUGGUGAAGCCAGACAAGAACACUCAAUGGGGAAACCAAUUUGGUUUCUUGCACGUCACUCUUCCUUGCCUUGACGAAUCCGAGCCACUCCAAUUCGUGUUCGAAGCUCGAAAGAUUAUCCAGAGGAAGAGAAAGUCGGGCGCUGUGUUCCUGACAGGGAAAUUGUUAGAGUUGUUGAGAAAAUACAGAGGGCCAGAAGUAGCGGCCAGAUACAUUCACGGGACAUUGAGGAACUGCAGCAUGACUCUAUCCAAUUUGAUCGGACCGGUUGAACAAUGCAGCUUGGCGGAUCAUCCAUGCGCCGGAAUGUACUUCAUGGUCGUCGGCAUUCCCCAGAAUCUUACCAUAACAAUGAUAAGUUACAUGGGACAGAUGAAGAUUGCUGUGGGAACAGAGAGGAAACAUAUUAAUUCACAAAAGUUCAAGUCUUGCAUUCAGACAGCCUUUGAUGUCGUCUUCAAGGCCGCCGUCGGUUGAUUGCUCAACAUAUUCUUAAUCUCAUUCAUGCUGUCAUGAUUCUAUUUGUAUUUGUAUUUUUAGUAAAUUGGAUGUGAUUGAAUUUUAGUAUUGUUACAUACUGAUUGAAUGACAUUGGUGAUUUGGGUUAUUUGAAUAUCAAAAUUUUCAUAUA